AUGGAUAACAACAGACAGCAAAAACGGAAGGAGACCGAGACUGUUGUUAUUAUGCUUGAGGAUAUCGUCCGUACCCAACAACAAAACUUACUCACGAUCUAUAACAUGGUCCGUACUGUUAUGGACUCGCCAAAUAGUGCAAGUGAUGACCGUGCACCUAUUACAUACAGUCUGACUGAAAAAAUUCCUGCUCAAGUGAGGCACAUGGAUCGACUGUUUGGCGUUACCGACGGAGAUUGCAUCAACAAUCUCCGAAUGGACCGCAAUGCAUUUGGCCGGUUAUGUCGCAUUCUCCGCGAUAGGUGUGGGAUGGUUGAUCAGAGAUACGUCCAUGUCGAGGAGCAGACAGCAAUGUUUCUGGCCACUCUUGCGCACCACAAGAAAACUCGAAUUAUUGGUUUCGAUUUCAAUAGGUCUGGGUAUACUGUAAGCCAUUACAUGCACGAGGUGAUGCGAGCUGUUAUUCAUCUCCAUAGUAUCCUAUUAGUAGAGCCCACACCAGUUGAUGACACAUGUGAUGAUCCACGAUGGAAAUGGUUUAAGGGGUGCCUCGGUGCACUAGAUGGGACUUAUAUAAAUGUGCGUGUAAGCACUGCCGAUGCUCCUCGUUAUAGGUUCCUUAGGUUCGUCUAUGUUUUACCUGGAUGGGAGGGCUCUGUCGCUGACUCCAGGGUUCUUCCCGACGCCGUUACUCGACCAAACGGACUGAAAGUCCGUAGAGGUUCUUAUUACCUGUGCGACAACGGCUACGCUAACAGCGAAGGCUUCUUAACGCCUUUCAAGGGUAUUAGGUACCAUCUCAAAGAGUGGGGGCCCCAGACACAGAGGCCGAGUAGUCCAAAAGAACUAUACAACAUGCGCCAUACAAUGGCUCGAAACGUAAUCGAGCGGGCAUUUGCCGUCCUUAAGAUGCGGUGGGGUAUUCUACGCAGUGCGAGCUUCUACCCAAUUGAGACACAAACCCGGCUCAUAAUGACUUGCUUCCUUCUUCACAAUUACAUCAGAGGGGAAAUGCAAGUGGAUCCAGUGGAACAAGAAAUGGAUGGCGAUGGCAUUGAAGGUGACGGGGGGCAGCCUACGGACAGCGAGGAUCUAAGUCAGGUCCAAUAUGUCGAUGCAGUCGAAUCAACCGCGGAGUGGAAUCAAAUGCGUCAAGACCUUGCCCAAUACAUGUGGCGAAACCAGUAA